AUGGAGCAGGGGAAGGGCCUGGUUUGCUUCAUCCUGGUGAUCUUCCUUCUUCAAGGUACUAUGGCCCAGACCAAACAAGGAAGCCAUCUGGUAAAAGUAGAUGACAACCGAGAAGAUGGUUCAGUACUUCUGACUUGUGACCUGAAAGACAAAAAUAUCCAGUGGUUUAAAGAUGGAAGCAUAGUAAGUUCCUUAAAUACAAAUAAAAAUACAUGGAACCUGGGAAGCAGCACCAAGGACCCUCGAGGCACAUACUGGUGUCAGGGAUCAAAGAACACGUCAAAAUCACUGCAAGUAUAUUAUAGAACAUGCGAGAACUGCAUUGAACUAAAUGCAGCCACCAUAUCUGGCUUUAUCUUCGCUGAAAUCAUCAGCAUUUUCUUCCUUGCUGUUGGGGUCUACUUCAUUGCUGGACAGGAUGGAGUUCAUCAGUCAAGAGCUUCAGACAAGCAGACUCUGUUGCCCAAUGACCAGCUCUACCAGCCCCUGAAGGAUCGGGAAGAUAAUCAGUACAGCCACCUCCAAGGAAACCAGCUGAGAAAGAAGUGAGCUCAGACUCAGGGUGUUCUCCCUGCUAUCUACUUCUCUGAACUAAAGCAAUACUUUUGGGACCUCCUAGCAGAGAGAUUGUCAUUCAUAAAUCUAGACUCAAGGUUCACAAAGGUGGAAAGAGCCAUCAGAGCAAAUUUGUUUUGCUAAAAAUCAAAUAAAAGUCAGAGUUGAAGAGCAUGGGUCAGUGGUAGAGCACUUGUAAAGAAAGCAUAAAGCACUUGGUUAGAACCCCAGUACCUCCCCCCAUCUCUCCAAAACCCACUCAAGUAGACAAAAGACAUGGUGUUUCUGG